CUCCGCUCCCCGCCCCGGUGCCGCUGCCCGCCGGUGUGGGAGACCGAACCGUUAGCCGGGAGAAGCCGGCGGGGCCAUGGCGGUGAUCUUGUGAAUUAGUGUACCAUCAAUGAUGGCAGAACAUCCACCGUUACUGGAUACCACUUCGAUUAUAAGUAGUGAAAUCCCUCUUCUAACUUCCCCUAUUGUUAGUGGGGAUGGAGCACAACAGGUUAUUCUUGUGCAAGUUAAUCCAGGGGAAGCAUUUACAAUAAGAAGAGAAGAUGGACAGUUUCAGUGCAUUACAGGUCCUGCUCAGGUUCCAAUGAUGUCCCCAAAUGGUUCAGUGCCUACUAUUUAUGUGCCUCCUGGAUAUGCCCCACAGGUUAUUGAGGAUAACGGUGUUCGAAGGGUUGUGGUGGUUCCCCAGCCUCCGGAAUUUCAUCCUGGUGGUCACGCAGUGAUACACAGGCCUCCGCAUCCCCCACUGCCUGGCUUCCUGCCUCUUCCAGCCAUGAUACCCCCUCCACCACGUCAUAUAUACUCACCCGUGACCGGAGCCGGUGACAUGGCAACGCAGUACAUUCCGCAGUAUCACACCUCACAAGUAUAUGGGGAUCUGGAUACUCUGCCUGGUCAUGGAAGAUCCAACUUUAGAGACGAAAGGUCUAGUAAAACAUAUGAAAGGUUACAAAAAAAAUUAAAAGAUCGACAUGGAACUCAGAAGGAUAAGUUAAACAGUCCUCCAUCAUCUCCUCAGAAAUGUCCUUCUCCUACAAGUGAACAUAAUGGACUUACAAAAGGACAGGAUGCAGCUGGUAUAAGCACAGGUUCUACCAAAAGCAAGUCUUUGGGCAAAGGAAAAAGCAAUUCUCAGACAGACACAGAAGUAGAAGAAAAGGAUGAAGAAACAAAAGCACUUGAAGCACUUCUUUCUAAUAUAGCCAAGCCAGUGGUAUCGGACAUUCAGGCAAGAACAGCACUGCUUAUGUGGUCCCCUCCAUCAAGUGAUACUAGAGAAGACACUGACAAGAAUGACGUACCAGAGGUUUAUACUUACGAAGUGAUGAUUUCAAGUACCGGAAAAGAUGGAAAGUACAAAACUAUAUACGUUGGAGAAGAAAAUAAAGUUACUGUAAAUGAUCUCAGGCCAGCAACUGAUUACCAUGCAAAAGUCCAAGUAGAAUGCAACUGUGUAAAGGGGAGCCCUUCAGAAGCAGAGAGUUUUACCACAACAAGUUGUGAACCUGAUACUCCAAAUCUGCCCAGGAUAACUAAUCGGACCAAAAAUUCUCUUACUCUGCAGUGGAAGGCAUCUUGUGAUAAUGGUUCUAAAAUCCACAGUUACCUUUUAGAAUGGGAUGAAGGAAAAGGAAAUGGAGAGUUUUGCCAGUGUUAUUAUGGCCAACAGAAGCAGUAUAGGAUUACUAAACUAUCACCAGCAAUGGGGUACACCUUUAGGCUAGCAGCCAAAAAUGACAUGGGAAUGAGUGGUUUUAGUGAAGAAGUCCUGUAUCAUACCUCAGGCACUGCCCCAACCACACCAGCAAGUCCUUUGCUGAUUAAUGCUGGAGUUACUUGGUUAUCCCUACAGUGGACAAAACCCUCAGGAACACCAUCAGAUGAAGGAAUCUCGUAUAUAUUAGAGAUGGAGGAUGAGAACUCAGGAUAUGGUUUCAAGCCAAAAUAUGAUGGUGACGAUCUUACCUACACAGUGAAGAAUUUGAGGCGUAGUACAAAAUAUAAAUUUAGGGUCAUUGCCUAUAACUCAGAAGGGAAAAGCAGUCCAAGUGAGACAGUAGAAUACAUUACUUGCCCAGACAAGCCUGGAGCACCUUCAAAACCCACAGUGAAAGGAAAAAUUCAUGCACAGAGUUUUAAAAUAACCUGGGAUCUGCCAAAAGACAAUGGAGGAGCAGCAAUAAAUACAUAUGUUGUGGAAAUGUCUGAAGGCGUAAAUGGAAACAAAUGGGACACAAUAUACAGCGGAGCUGCUAGGGAACAUGUGUGUGACCGACUAAAUCCUGGCUGUUCCUAUCGCUUACGUGUAUAUUGCGUUGGGGAAGGAGGACAAAGCAUGGCAUCUGACUCUUUACUGGUGCAGACUCCGGCAGUGGUUCCUGGUCCAUGCCAGCCUCCAAGGCUACAGGGUAGACCGAGAGCAAGAGAAAUUCAGCUGCGCUGGGGGCCACCUCAGGUAGAUGGUGGUUCACCCAUUACCUGUUACGGUCUGGAAAUGUUUCAGACAGAAACCGAUGAACACAGAGAUGUUUACCAAGGCUCUGAUGUUGAAUGCACAGUAGGCAGCCUUCUUCCAGGGAGGAUGUACAACUUCAGACUGCGAGCAGCUAACAAGGCUGGGUUUGGACCUUACUCGGAAAAAUGUGAAAUAACUACAGCACCUGGACCACCAGACCAGUGCAAGCCCCCUCAAGUGACAUGCAGAUCUGCUGCAUGUGCUCAGGUGUCAUGGGAGGUUCCAGUGAGUAACGGAGCUGAUGUCACGGAGUAUCGACUGGAGUGGGGCGGUGUGGAAGGAUGCAUGCAGAUCUCCUAUUGCGGGCCUGGGCUCAACUGUGAAAUGAAAGGGCUUUUGCCUGCCUCUAUAUACUACUGCAGGGUUCAGGCAGUGAAUGUCGCAGGCGCGGGCCCUUUCAGUGACGUAGUGGCAUGUAUGACUCCAGCCUCUGUACCUGCAGUUGUGACUUGUCUUCGGGGACUAAGUGAAGAUGAAGUCGAAAGUCCACACUAUUCUCCUUCCACAUGCCUUGCUAUAAGCUGGGAAAAGCCUUGUGACCAUGGAUCUGAAAUCCUUGGCUACAGCAUAGAUUUUGGAGAAAAGCAACCAAUAACUGUUGGGAAGGUUCUGACCUAUUUUAUAGAUGGCUUACAGCCAGAUACUACCUACAGAGUACGAAUUCAAGCCCUAAACAGUCUCGGAGCAGGUCCUUUCAGCCACACCAUAAAACUGAAAACAAAGCCUCUCCCCCCGGACCCACCUCGCCUGGAAUGUGCUGCAUACAGUUCUCAGACCCUCAAGCUGAAGUGGGGAGAGGGCACUGCAAAAGCAUUAACUGACUCCAUUCAGUACCACCUUCAAAUGGAGGAUAAGAACGGAAGGUUUGUAUCCUUAUACAGGGGACCAUGUCAUACAUACAAAGUACAGAGACUCAGUGAGUCAACUUCAUACAAAUUUUGUAUCCAGGCAUGUAAUGAAGCUGGUGAAGGUCCCCUUUCUCAAGAAUAUGUUUUCACUACUCCCAAAUCUGUUCCAGCUGCCUUGAAAGCACCAAGGAUAGAGAGAAUAAACGAUCACACUUGUGAAAUCACUUGGGAGGUUCUGCAGCCCAUGAAGGGUGAUCCAGUUAUCUACUGUCUUCAGGUCAUGGUGGGAAAAGACUCGGAAUUCAAACAGAUUUAUAAGGGUCCAGACUGGUCAUUCCGAUACACGGGCCUGCAGCUGAACUGUGAAUACCGUUUCCGCGCGUGUGCCAUCCGACAGUGCCAAGAGACGGCGGGUCAUCAGGACCUGAUAGGCCCCUACAGCGCACCGGUGCUAUUCGUCUCCCAGCGGACUGAACCACCGGCGAGCACCAACAAGGACACUGUGCAAACCACAAGGACACAAUGGUCACAGAGCGACCAAGUGUGUGCUGCUGUCAUCCUCGCACUUUUUGCUAUCUUUUCCAUUCUGAUUGCUGUUAUCAUUCAGUACUUUGUAAUAAAGUGAAGAAAAGA